AUGGUUGUUUCGGCGCGCGCGGACGCGGAAGACGCCAUGCGGCGCCGGUGUCUGCGCCUGGCGGUGGUCGCUCCGCCGCCGCCUUCGCCGCCUCCGGUGAAGGCGAUACCGACGAACUAUGUCAGCAGCGCCUUUCACAAGGAGCUCGCGGGUCUCUCUGCCAAGCAGCAGCCGGCGCUGGUCUUCGCCGCCCUGCGGCGCUUCGAGGGAAGCUUCCAGGUCAAGGUGGAGGACCUGGAUGCUGGGCUUCACGCUCUGGCGCGCUGCAACCGCGACUCCUGGACCUCCGCCGCGAACUGCGGCGGCGGCGGCGGCCUCGGCGGCAACGAGGCGCUCGGCGACGCGGAGCUGCAGCGACUGCUGGGGCUGUUGGAGCAGAAGCUGCCCAGCUUGGGCCACGAAACCCGGUACCUCGCCACCACCUCCUGGGCUCUGGCGAGCCUUUCCCAGUGGCAGCCCCAACUCAGCCCAAAGGCUUUGCAGCGGAUGAACGCCAUCUUCGCCCAAUGCGAGGACUUGGCGAGCAGCCGACUGGCGAGCUUCCAGCCAAACAACCUGUCCAUGCUUGCUUGGGCCUUCGCCCGUGCCGGCGUGGGGACCAAAGACCUCUUCCAACGCAUCGGCGAUGAGAGCCUCAAGCGACUGGACCAGCUGCAGGCGCGGGAGAUCUCGAACCUCACCUGGUCCUUCGCAAAGACCAAGCUGUCUCAUCAGCUUCUGGCGAGUGCGAACUCGGGUACUUGCUCGGGAUUGUGA